GCCGCUUGAACAGCUCUGGGCGUCGCACAGCCGGGAGCUGGUAGGUUUGCUCCGCCGCUCCCAGCCGUAAGGCACCGGGUAGGCGGCAGCGCCAGUAGCCCCGGUUCUGCACCGCCCCCUUAGAGUUGCAUUUUAGCCCUUGCCCCUCACUGUCUCCGGCCGCUCGGGACUGGCGGGCCGCGGUGCAUCUGCGCUCUGGGCAGCCAGCCGGCCCUGCCCUGUCCUCCCCGUGGAGCGGGCAGUCGUGCCUCGCCCCCCGCCUGGCCGCACGUCCAGCCCGCGGGCCUUCCCUUAGGGCAGCCCCAGCCCCGGAGAGCCCGCGCGCCCGGCCGGCGCCAAGAUGAGCUUCUUCGGCUUCGGGCAGAGCGUGGAGGUGGAGAUCGUGCUGAACGAUGCGGAGAGUAGGAAGCGGGCCGAGCACAAGACGGAGGACGGGAAGAAGGAGAAGUAUUUCCUUUUCUACGACGGAGAGACGGUCUCCGGGAAGGUGAGCCUCGCACUCAAGCACCCCAACAAGCGGCUGGAACACCAGGGCAUCAAGAUCGAGUUCAUCGGGCAGAUCGAACUCUACUAUGACCGCGGGAACCACCAUGAAUUUGUGUCCCUGGUGAAGGACUUGGCACGGCCUGGAGAAAUUACCCAGUCACAGGCCUUCGACUUUGAAUUCACCCACGUGGAGAAGCCGUAUGAGUCCUACACAGGGCAGAAUGUGAAGCUCCGGUAUUUCCUUCGCGCCACCAUCAGCCGCCGCCUCAAUGAUGUUGUCAAAGAGAUGGACAUUGUAGUUCACACACUCAGCACAUACCCAGAGCUGAACUCCUCCAUCAAGAUGGAGGUUGGGAUCGAGGACUGUCUGCACAUUGAGUUUGAGUACAACAAGUCCAAAUACCACUUGAAAGAUGUCAUUGUAGGGAAGAUAUACUUCCUGCUGGUGAGAAUCAAAAUCAAGCACAUGGAGAUAGAUAUCAUCAAGCGGGAAACAACGGGCACAGGCCCCAACGUGUACCAUGAGAACGACACGAUAGCCAAGUAUGAGAUCAUGGACGGAGCACCAGUGCGAGGAGAGUCUAUCCCAAUCCGGCUCUUCCUGGCAGGCUACGAGCUCACCCCCACCAUGCGGGACAUCAACAAGAAGUUCUCUGUGCGCUAUUAUCUCAACCUGGUGCUGAUAGACGAGGAAGAACGACGCUACUUCAAACAGCAGGAAGUGGUGUUGUGGCGGAAGGGUGACAUUGUACGGAAGAGCAUGUCCCACCAGGCGGCCAUCGCCUCACAGCGCUUCGAGGGCACCACCUCCUUGGGUGAGGUGCGGACCCCCAGCCAGCUGUCUGACAACAACUGCAGGCAGUAGGCCCCCAGGGCCAAGAAGCUGGUGGGCUCCCACCCAGCACCCCCAUCUACCAAACACCAGCGGCUGGGGGAAGGGGAGGACGGUGUGAUGCUCAGCUGUCCCGUUACUUGCAACCUGAAAACAAAUCAUGUUUGUGACUUAAA